UAAUAGCGUUUAUUUAAUAGCGCUUUUGCCUCUUCAGCUAUCAAAAAUUUAAAAAACAACAUAUUAUAGCGCUUAUCUAAAAAGCGCUGUGAUAUGUUCACAUAUUAUAGCGUUUAGAUCUUCUGCGCUAUCAUAUUACCCGUUUAUUAUAGUAAAAAAGACUUCCCGUUUAUUAUAGGGAACAAAAUGUUAAAACGAGUAAAAAGUUAACCACCUAACUCUUUCUCUCCUCGGAUUCUCUUCAGUCAAUCUGCAAAACCUCAAAACCCCAAAAGUCUCAAUGGACGCCGAAACCCUCCUACCAAAGUCCUUCACACGGCGACGAGUUCCUUCAGGCGGCGGCGAUUUAUUUCAGAUGGCGGCGUUUUCUCUCGCCCUGCGCCCUACGAUGCUUCUUCUCACUACGAAAUUGAAUUUUAAGGUUAUUGACUAUUGUAGCUCAUAUUGGUGGUAUAAUAUUUGUUAAAGUAGUAUCUGGAUUGUUGGAAAAAUGGGUUCAGAAGGUCCUGCACCGUCAGCAGUAACAGACUAACAGUUCAUGUUAAGAAGUUUCAUGGAGUUGCUGAAAAUCCGACAGAGACAAUUGUGCGUAAUCUGAAAGAAUACAUGGAGAAGAAGGGUUUACCAAAAGGGCUGGCUUUAGGGAGCUGCAAUGUUCUUGAAACUGCAGGACUUGGGGCAUUUGCUCCUCUUCAUCAGACGCUGCCAUCUGCCAUUAAUAGGAAUGAUUCAGAAUUGCCAAAUUCUGGGACUGUUAUUUGGGUAUGCAGAGAUCGUAUAAUUCAGGAGGAGUUCAAUUCUCUAAGCCUUUCUAAGUUGCAGAAGUAUUUGACAGAUGAGGAAUACAGAGAGAUAGAUGAAGAUAUAUCUCGACUAAAGACUAGUUCUCAGCUUACUAGCUGAUCUUGGCUGCAAUUGAUCAAUCUUGUUCGAGGAUCUCAUAAAUUAAAUCUCCCAGUUUGGGGCUGCAGAGCUACAUGCGGUCUCUUCCUUCAUAGGCGGGAUUGCGUCACAUGAAGUGAUAAAGGUAUGCUAUAUUUAUCAAGAUUUUAUUGUUUUAUUCUGUUUUAUUGUCAAGAUCCAUAGCGCCUAAGAGUUGGAUUAACACUUGCAAAAUACUUAGUGUGGUAGCUAGUGAUUAGUGGCUUCCUUGGACAUGCAACACUUUAGAGAUUCAUUAAUAGUACGCAUUCCCUGUAAAGAUCUCCACAACUUAAGAACCGGCUAUGUACUAUACUUUUCACUUAUGGCUUCUGAUGUCAAAGGAACAAUCUUAUUCUGUAAUGGUACUCGGACCAUCUUCAUCUUUGUCACUUUUGUCUGAGUAAACAAAAUGGAAGGGCUACGAGUCUGAUUUGAUGAACAAGACUUCUUUUGCCUUCACUUAUUGGUAGACUAGAUUCCUUUGCUUGGACUACUACUGUCUUGUGUAACUGUUUACUUUGUCCUACAUCUGACAUCCCAGAUGAACCUCUUGGUUUUUGAGUCAGAUUUUUCAUGGCAUCCAUCUCGGAUCCAUCUCCGUAGCUUCAAUUGAUAAUAUAUCAGCAAGGAAUUAUCUGUAAUUCUUUUCCAAAAACAUCAUAAUCUAUUACUAUAAUGUGAAGUUCAAUUUUUUUUCAUGUAUGGCACUUAUUGUUUAUGGUAAUACUAAUUCUUUCGGGUUUUUCCUUUCUAUAUAUGUAUGAAUUAUUAUACCCCAUUGUUUCGCAGUACUUUUCAGAUUGUCAGUUUCCAAGUUAUGACAAGGAGCAGAUUGACUAAGUAAGAACCGAAUGGGUGCGCCAUGUUGUUCAACAAUUGUAUAAUAGCUAGGUUAUGUUGAAGGAACAAAAAAAAUAAGACUCUAUUAAUUAAUGUAUUUUACGUAGUUUAAUGUUUAGAAUUUUAUUUUAGAUCUAUGUAAUCGGUUUUAUUAGGGUUACAAUUGCAAAAAUUCUUUUAAUUCAGGUUUGGAAAUUAAUUUUCAACUAUUUACUAUUCUUCAA